UAAGAAAUCUAUCGAAGGGACAGACUCUUAUUAUUCUUGAAAUGAAUUUCAGUGUAAUCAUUGUAAUUUUAUUUGUUAAUAUUUAUAAAUGUAACUCAAAACGAUUUACGAGAUGUCAGCUAGCUUCGGAAUUGUUGAAGAUGAAAUACAUUGAAAAAACAUUUUUGAGUAACUGGGUUUGUUUAGCAGAGAAAGUUAGCAAUCGGGAUACAAAAGCCUUUGUAGUGUCACCGAGCGGCAAGAAGUCUUACGGGAUAUUUCAAAUUCCAAGCCGCUGGUGCAGAGAAGGCAAAAAGGGAGGGGAAUGUAACGUUGCCUGUGAAUCACUCCUCGACGAUGAUAUCAGAGAUGAUACCGCAUGUGCUGUUACAAUAUUUCAUAGGGAGGGUUUCAAGUAUUGGACUAAAUGGGAGAAUAGAUGCAAAAACGACAAAAUGAUUACCACAGAAAUUUACAAAUGUCCAGAUUUGAUUCAUCCACGAUUGAGCCCAGAGCUUAACUCACCGAGUGAAGUUUUGAGAACAAAAAGGAAACAUUCUAGGGUCGGUAUGGAACGCUCCCGUUUUCUUAAUCCUUUUGAAAUAAAGCUUUUAAAUUAAUUGUUCAGUUUUAA